AUGGAUAUCCUGGAAUCCGUGGGGCCCCAGCUGCUUGUACACGAUGGGCAGAACAUCGUGAAGCGAUCCCCUGGGUUCUAUCUCAAGGGGAAGACCGUGGCCUUUUACUUUAGCGCACACUGGUGCCCACCCUGCCGGCAGUUCACUCCACAGCUAGCGGCAGUGUACCGGCAACUCAAGGCUCGUGGCGUCGCCUUUGAGAUAGUGUUUGUCUCCUCUGACAGAUCGCCGUCGGACCAGGAGUCAUACUUCCGGAGCAUGCCCUGGACCGCCAUGCUCUACGAGGCCGCGAGGGGGGACCUCGGCCGGGCGCUGGCGCAGCGAUUCUCGCUGGCGGGCAUCCCUCGCCUCGUGGUCGUGGGUCCAGACGGGGCGAUCGUGUCGGGGGACGCACGCGCCGCGGUCGCCGCGGACCCCACGGGCGUCAACUUCCCCUGGGCUGGACCUGCGAGCGCUGUAGCCACGGGCGGGUGGGCAUCAAACCCUGUUGCUCUCAUGCUCCUCUUCCUCGUGGCCUGGCUCGUGUCCAACUGGAUGACAAAGGGGCACCCUGCACCCAUGCAGCAUGUCCCAGACUGA